GUCAGCACUACAAGUACUGCACCGGCACUGCGGCCACGCCAGGUCGCAGUGUCACUACGAGGGUGGCUUAAGCCAUGACUGGCUGGCUUACUACAAGCGCAGCCUUACUACAGACCAAAGCCGUCUUAAUGAAUGGAACGCCAUGGCGUCGCUGCUCAGCAAGCGACCGCCAUCACCUGAGACCCUUACUUGCAAAGAGGAGACCCAGCAGCUGAUAAGAAGUAAGCUCAAGGAAAUAAUGAUGAGUGUAGACAUCGACGAAGUGACGUCUAAAGUUAUCCGCCAGAAGUUGGAGAAAGAUCUUGCGAUGGAUCUGUUCAAGUACAAAUCUUACAUAGACCAGGAGAUGCUCACGAUCCUGGGACAGAUGGACGCUGCCACUGAGAUCUUCCCUCACGUCUUCUUGGGGUCUGAGUGGAACGCAUCCAAUCUCGACGAACUCAAGACCAACGGGAUCGGCCACAUCCUCAACGUCACGAUGGAGAUCGACAACUUCUUCCCUGGGAUGUUCAACUACAAGAACAUCCGCGUCUACGAUAACGAGAAGACAGACUUGCUCUGUCACUGGGAGGAGACAUAUCGCUACAUCAACGCCAUCAAAGAGCGUGGCAGCAAGGUGCUGGUGCACUGCAAGAUGGGCAUCAGUCGCUCAGCGUCGGUGGUCAUCGCGUACGCCAUGAAGGCCUACAACCUCAACCUGGUCAGGGCCACCGAGCUCGUCAGGAGCAAGCGGUCCUGUGUCAAGCCCAACCAGGCCUUCGCUCUGCAGCUCAAGACUUAUGAG